CCUGCAUCACAGGAUGUAAAGCUGUUACGUCAGGCUCGUGCAUCUGUUUUCACUCAUAUAUCAACUUAAGUCCAAGUGGAAGAAGAACCAGCUGCAUUUCAGCACUGUUCAAUAGAAAAUGCCUUUAGCACCAGCGCUGAGUUGUCCGACAGUCCCACUUGCCAAUGGUCUGAAGAUUCCCAUACUCGGAUUAGGCACAUCUCAUUCUGGUGGAUACUGUCAUGAUGCAGUUGUGUAUGCACUCACUGAGUGUGGCAUCCGCCAUAUUGACACAGCAAAGCGUUACGGCUGUGAGGAGAAACUGGCCAAAGAUAUUAGAGAAAGCGGGAUACCGCGGAGUGAUCUGUGGCUUACUAAUAAGCUCUGGCCCCUGGACUAUGGGUACAACGCUGCAAAGAAAGCCUACCUGGAUUCCUGCACACGAGUAGGAGUGGAAUACUUCGAUCUGUACCUAAUGCACUGGCCAGGGGCACUCCAACCUGGUUGCUCCAACAGGGAGAUGAGAGCUGAAACCUGGAGAGCUUUGGAAGAACUUUAUAAAGAAGGGGUGUGCCGAGCGAUUGGAGUGAGCAACUUUCUGAUCCACCACUUGGAACAGUUAAAGGAGGACUGUAGUGUGGUUCCACAUGUUAACCAGGUUGAGUAUCAUCCAUUCCAGCAGCCCACUGACCUGAUAGAGUACUGCCGCAAGGAGGGCAUUGUAUUUGAAGGGUACAGUCCUCUGGCCAAAGGUGAAGUCCUGAACGACCCCACUGUGCUCCAGAUCGCACAAAAGUACAAGCGCACACCUGCUCAGAUCUGCAUUCGCUGGAGUAUUCAGAAUGGAAUCAUUACGAUACCAAAAUCCACCAAAAAGACAAGAGUCCAAGAAAACUGUCAAGUUUUUGGGUUUCAGCUGGAAGAGGCAGACAUGGCAGCUUUGGGAAGGUUACAUGAUGGAAGACAUGUGACUUGGGAUCCAGCAGAUGUAGAAUGACAUAAAGCUGUAACUGUCCCAUUACUCAAUUCAACAUUUUUCGUAAAAAUGUUCAUAUUAUUGUGUUAAGUACAAAUUGGUCAAUCUAUAAUUGACAGACUUUUUGAGUUGCCUUUAUAGGGUAACAUAGUUAAUACAGGGUGGGGAAGCAAAAUUUACAAUGAACAUUUAGUUGUUUUUUCUCAGCAGGCACUACGUCAAUUGUUUUGAAACCAAACAUAUAUUGAUGUCAUAAUCAUACCUAACACUA